AUGUCCUGUAGAGUGAUCGGCAUCAAGGUACCCAAGCAGGGCCGGACAGUCAACACGGCUGCCAAGGAACUACAUGAGGACGCUGGUGCCAACAGCAUGAAGCUGAACUUCAGUGGCCUGAGGGCCCUGGUGACAGGGGCAGGGAAAGCCUUCUGGUCAGCACCCACUCACUGCUGGCAACAACAACCUUUACCCCCACCACACUCCCUCCCUACAGGGAUUGGCCGGAGCACCGCGAAGGCCCUGCAUGCCUCGGGAGCCAAAGUAGUUGCCGUGACUCGUACCAACGCAGACUUGGUCAGCCUUGCCAAAGAGUGUCCCGGGAUAGAGCCUGUGUGUGUGGACCUGGGUGACUGGGAGGCCACAGAGAAGGCGCUGGGCGGCAUCGGCCCUGUGGACCUGCUGGUCAACAAUGCGGGGGUGGUUCUGGUGCAGCCCUUCAUAUCGUCUACAAAGGAGGCCUUUGACAGGUCCUUCAAUGUGAACGUGCGUGCCGUGUUGCAAGUGUCCCAGAUGGUAGCCAGGGACAUGAUCAACCGUGGAGUGGCGGGGUCCAUUGUCAACGUCUCUAGCAUAGUGGCCCAUGUCACCUUUCCUGGCCUGACCACCUACUGCUCCACCAAGGGCGCAAUAACUAUGCUGACCAAGGCCAUGGCCAUGGAGCUGGGGCCACACAAGAUCCGGGUAAACUCCGUGAACCCCACUGUGGUGCUGACUGACAUGGGCAAGAAAGUCUCUGCAAACCCCGAGUUUGCCAGGAAACUUAAGGAACGCCACCCGUUGAGGAAGUUCGCAGAGGUGGAGGACGUGGUCAACAGCAUCCUCUUCCUGCUCAGCGACCGCAGCGCCUCCACCAGCGGCUCUGGCAUCCUGGUGGACGCUGGUUACCUGGCUUCCUAGACUGCCCCAAUGCGUGGACCGGGGAGGCC